CAGAAACGGGCCCAUUGUCUCAACCACCCAUCACCCAUUAGUCCAUACGCAACGCAGAAAUAUAAUUAAAGAAAAAAAACACCUUUUCUUUUCUCUCCUUCUACACCCUUCGUAGAGAUCGGUGAUCGGAGGUUACGAGUCAUGACCAACGGAAUGCAGAGCGUGGGUGAAUGUUCAAGCUCAACUUCCUUAAGCAGUCAGCAGGAUUUGGAAGAUGACCGAAUGAUUGCUGUUGUACUGUCGGAAGAGUUUGCUAAGUUAGAUGGUGCAGUUGGUAGACGCCUUGCCAGUCUGGAACCUGUUCGUCAUGUCCCGCGGAUAAAUUUCUAUAUCCCUAACUUGAGUGAUGCAAGUUUGGAUCACCAACGAUUGCAGCAAAGGCUAAAUGUUUACAGGUUAUAUGAAGUGAAGGUCUCUGGAGAUGGCAAUUGUCAGUUUCGUGCACUCUCAGACCAGAUGUACAAGUCACCUGAAUAUCACAAGCAUGUUCGCAAAGAAAUUGUGAAACAGCUAAAGGACUACCGAUCUCUGUAUGAAGGCUAUGUCCCAAUGAAGUACAAGCGCUAUUACAAGAAGAUGGCAAAGUCUGGUGAAUGGGGUGACCAUAUUACCUUACAAGCUGCAGCUGAUAGGUUUGCAGCAAAGAUAUGUCUCUUGACUUCAUUCAGAGACACCUGUUUUAUUGAAAUAAUCCCUCAAUACCAGGCACCCAAACGAGAGCUGUGGUUGAGUUUCUGGUCUGAGGUACAUUACAAUUCACUAUAUGAAAUCAAAGAUGCUCCAAUUAGGCAGAAGCCAAGGAAGAAACACUGGUUGUUCUAGAGGCAGAUUAAUGAUUUUUGGACAGCAUUAAGGAGCCUUUGAAAAUUUUUAUAAUGUGCAUAUUUUCCUUAGAUGGUUUCAUUUUGUUAUUUUCUCCAUAAAGUUCAUGUAUUAUAGAUAUUCAGAUUGGAUGACAGAACAAAAUGAAAAGUACUGAUGUUGAGAUCUAUUAAAUAUUACAUUUUAUUCUUUAACA